UUGGAAAUCGAGUUUAUUUUGUCGGUAGUACAUGGUGUCUAAUGAAUUUAUAGUUUUUCAAGUUAUUGAAAUAAAGUUGAUGCUUUGAUUAUGCAUUAUGUGCGGAGUGAUUCAUUGUGGAAACCAUCAUUCACAUACUUUUACGAAAUCAAGUUUACCCUUUGAAUGACUCUUAAACCUACAGUAAUAUUGGAAAGUUUCCCUUGUAUUUUGGAACUCUUUGAAAAUAUUACCACUACGAUUGUUUUCAAGUGAAUGCUGCAAAAAGUUGGACGAUUUCCAUUAAAAAACUGAGUGAGAAAUUGGUGUUAGUGUGAUCAACAACUACCUGGGAGUAAAAUUUUAUUGCUACAGAAGAGAACAUAAUUGUGUAAUUGUGUGUUUGAUAAACAAUCCAUUGGAGACAUUAUGUCUGUGAAAAAACAAAGUCAAGUGCAAAAACAUACAAGAAGAAAUAAAAUGGAAGCAAGUAUUGUUAUUUUCUAACAUUUAGAAUAAGUGCAACCAUUGUUGAUAACUUGAUUUUGCAUCUGGAAACCAAUCAACUUCCUUUGUCCAACUUGUAUUGAAAAUUCAUCAAAGAAGGUACAUAGAAAUAUUAAGGAUGAGGCAUUUCUAAUGAACAUCACUACUCAACAUAAAUGAAAAGCUUUUUAGAUCCUUUGGAAUUUUGACAAAAUGGCGACUUCAAAGGAAAAAAUGACUGGUAUGAAGAUAUCACCUAGUUGUUCGAAAACAGAAGGGUACAAAAUUGAAGCUGAUCAACUUUUCAAAGAUGAAGGUUUUGAAUUCACUGUACCCCCAGAAGUCCCAGUAUUUCAUCCCACUGAAGAGGAGUUUGCAGACCCCCUUGCAUAUAUUGGAAAAAUUCGCCCAAUUGCUGAGAACACUGGUAUAUGCAAGAUCAAGCCACCACCUAACUGGCAGCCCCCAUUUGCUGUUGAUGUAGACAAAUUGAGGUUCACUCCUAGAAUUCAACGCCUGAACGAAUUGGAAGCUAAAACCAGAAUAAAAUUAAAUUUUCUGGAUCAAAUAGCCAAAUUUUGGGAAUUACAAGGUUCUUCUCUGAAAAUUCCUAUGGUGGAGAAAAGAGCAUUAGAUUUAUACACCCUGCAUAGAGUUGUGCAAUUAGAAGGUGGGUUUGAGACAGCUUCUAGGGAACGUAAAUGGUCAAAAAUUGCCAUUCGCUUGGGUUAUCCACCUGGAAAGAGCAUUGGUACGAUUUUGAAACAACAUUAUGAAAGAUUACUCUAUCCAUUUGAUGUAUUCAAGCAAGGAAAAACAAUGGAAAUCAAAGUAGAUCCUGAUGUUCCAGAACGUAAUGAGAAAACAGAUAAAGAUUAUAAACCACAUGGUAUUGUUGGGAGAAUGGCAAUAAAACCACCGUGUGAGAAAGCCAGACGAUCAAAGAGAUUUGAGAAUCAAAAUAAUGAUGAGGAGAAACCAAAAACCGAAGAUGAUGAUGAUGACGAUGAUGCAGAUAGUAAAGAACUGAAGAGACUUCAAAUUCAUGGAGCUGGACCUAAGAUGGCUGGAUACAAUGAUAAAAAGAAAAGAUCUAAGAAUUUUAAUGCUGAUUUUGAUCCUUUAGCAAAAUAUGUGUGUCAUAAUUGUAGUAGAGGAGAUUCAGAAGAAUUUAUGUUGUUAUGUGAUGGAUGUGAUGAUAGCUAUCAUACAUUUUGUCUGAUGCCACCCCUGUCAGAUGUGCCUAAAGGAGACUGGCGUUGUCCUAAAUGCGUAGCAGAGGAAGUAUCCAAACCGAUGGAGGCUUUUGGUUUUGAACAGGCUCAAAGAGAAUACACAUUGCAGCAGUUUGGUGAAAUGGCAGAUCAGUUCAAAUCUGACUAUUUCAAUAUGCCAGUUCAUAUGGUUCCACUGCCUAUGGUUGAGAAGGAAUUUUGGAGAAUUGUUUCUUCCAUCGAUGAAGAUGUCACAGUAGAGUACGGAGCAGAUCUCCACACAAUGGACCAUGGAUCAGGUUUUCCAACAAAAACUUCCAUAAAUUUAUACCCUGGAGAUAAGGAAUAUGCUGAUUCUGGGUGGAAUUUGAAUAAUCUUCCAGUACUCGAAGGUUCAGUAUUAGGAUAUAUAAAUGCGGAUAUAUCUGGGAUGAAAGUGCCUUGGAUGUAUGUAGGAAUGUGCUUUGCGACAUUCUGUUGGCAUAAUGAAGACCAUUGGAGUUAUUCCAUCAAUUACCUACACUGGGGAGAAGCCAAAACGUGGUAUGGCGUACCUGGCAGCAAGGCUGAACUGUUUGAAGAAACUAUGAAGUCAGCUGCACCUGAAUUAUUCCAUUCUCAACCUGAUUUAUUACAUCAGUUGGUGACAAUAAUGAAUCCCAAUGUUUUAAUGAAUGCUGGUGUCCCGGUUUACCGUACAGAUCAAUGUGCAGGGGAAUUUGUUGUUACUUUUCCCAGAGCUUACCACGCAGGAUUCAACCAAGGUUAUAACUUUGCAGAAGCUGUUAAUUUUGCCCCAGCAGAUUGGCUUCGAAUGGGCAGAGAAUGUAUCCUUCACUAUUCGCAUUUGAGGAGAUUUUGUGUUUUCUCUCAUGAUGAACUUGUUUGUAAAAUGGCACUUGUACCAGAUAAGUUAGAUAUAACAAUAGCUGCUGCAACUUAUCAAGAUAUGUUACAUAUGGUUGAUACGGAAAAGAAACUGCGAAAGAACUUACUAGAAUGGGGUGUUACAAAUGCAGAAAGGGAAGCUUUUGAGUUACUUCCAGACGAUGAAAGACAAUGUGAAAUAUGCAAAACAACAUGUUUCCUAUCGGCUUUAACUUGUACUUGCACUAAUGUCUUGGUUUGUUUAAGACAUUUUGAAGAUUUAUGCAAGUGUAAUCCAGCAGCACACACUUUGAGGUAUAGAUACACUCUGGAUGAAUUACCUGUUAUGCUGAAAGGUUUGAAAUUGAAAGCAGAAUCCUUUGAUCAUUGGGUGAACCGGGUGAAAGACGCCUUGGAUCCCAACACUCCAAAAACAUUAUCUCUCACCGAAUUGAAAGCUUUGUUGAAUGAAGCCAACGGCAAGAAAUUCCCAAAGUCUGACUUACUCCAAACACUCACAAAUGCAGUCGUAGACGCCGAAAAAUGCGCCAGUGUCAUUCAUCAACUUGAUUUGAACAAAAUAAGGACUAGAACUAGAAAUUCUACAGACAACAAGUAUAAAUUGACAAUUGAAGAACUCACUCUUUUUUGCGAAGAGCUGGACAGCCUAGCCUGCCAUUUAGAUGAAAGUAAAAAUAUUAAAAUGCUACUUCAACAAACCAAAGCCUUUGAAAAAGAAAGCAAAAGGUUGCUCAAUUCCAAACUAUCGGAAUGUGUCCUUUUGGAAUUGGAGAAUUGUUACAGUUUAGGAAAUUCCCUUUGUAUAGAACUUCCGGCUCUAAAACAAAUUGCUGUCAGAAUCAAACAAGCAGCAUGGCUGAAAGACGUACUUUCAUACAAAAAAAGGUCCGAAGUAUUAGCAAUCGAUUCAAUUAACAGCUUGAUCAAAGGAGGUAUGGACUUGCCACCUCAUCCAGAAAUGGAGGAAGAAUUGGGUGUACUCCAAGGUCUUCUAAUUGCCAGUCAAGAAUGGGAAACGAAAGCGCAAGCUGUAUUGAAAGAUAAAGGUAAUGACGUCCUGAUUGAAGUAGAUAAACUACUUGCAGAAGCAGCAGCAAUCAAUGCCUACCUCCCGACUGAAGAAUAUUUGUUUGAUGCGAUCAAUAAAGCCAGAGAUUGGCUGCGAUUACAGGAAGAUAUGAACUCGGCAGAAUAUUAUCCCUACUAUGAAGACAUGGAAGAGUUAGUGAAGAAAGGACGAGCCUUACCUUUGUAUCUGGUCGAAGUAAAUCGGUUAGCAAGUUAUCUUGAAUCCGCUUAUUUGUGGAAAGAAAAGACGAGCAGAGUGUUCCUCCGCAAAAACUCCUCUAUAACCCUAUUAGAAGCACUCAGUCCUAGGAAUAACAUAAAUCCACCGAAACAGAAGAAGAAAGGAGGUGACGGUCCUGAUCCUUUGGAAGGUGCAGACCCAAAUUCUUUUGUUACCGUUUUCAAACAAGCUGAGGAGACGGAAAUGGAUCUGAUUAAGAAUUUCAGAAAAGAGAAUUCUGUGAAAAGUUUGGAUCCCAAUGACUGUGCCUCUUUUUGUACCUGUCAAAGAGGCGCGUUUGGACUCAUGAUGCAAUGCGAACUCUGCAAGGAUUGGUUCCAUUCGGUUUGUGUUCAGCUCCCGAAAAUUGCUACUACCAGUUUUAAGGGUAACUUCACCAUGGCCGCUAUGCAUUUCGGUUUCAAAGACUGCAAAUUUUUAUGUCCGAAUUGCUGCAGAACCAAACGUCCCAGAUUAGAUGUUAUACUUGGUUUGUUGAUGUCACUUCAAAAGUUAUAUUGCAGAUUGCCCGAAGGAGAGGCUUUGCAGUGUUUGACAGAAAGAGCCAUGAACUGGCAAGAUAGAGCGAGAAAUUUACUGCAAAAUCCCCAAUUGGAAGUAGCUAAAACGAUGCUGAGUAAUUUCAACAAGAGGUAUAUGGAAGCAGCGGCCAAACAAAGAACAGAAGAGAUAAUAUCCUGUGAACUGAAGAAAGCUUGCAAAAAUCCAGAUUUGCAACAAAAAGUGACAGAAAUCGCCAAUAAGAGCGGUGUUGUUAACACUCUUCAGGAAUCUUCCGCCGAAUCAGACGACUCCAAAGAAUGUACAUCAAGUUCACUUCAAGAGGAUCACAUUGACGAGCAUGCAUACUCCUUACAUUUACCCAAAAUCAAUGAAGAUGAAUUCAGGGUCAAUAUAAGUGCGGAGUUGCAUCAACAAAUAACCGAAUUGUUGAUGGAAGGUGAUCUGCUCGAAGUGCACCUGGACGAAACUUUGCAGUUAUGGAAACUUGUUCAGAGUACCAGAAACCCUGAGAAGGAACCAAUAUUGAUAGAUUUCGACCAGCAAUCUCUAUCAACCCCUGUUAAAAGGGGUAGGAAGAGAAGAUCGGAAGAAUGUGAAGCUGCAAGAAAAUUGAAAAGUGUCAAGUCUAAUUUUGCCAAGAAACCUGGAGAGAAGAAGGUUCGCGAAAAGAGAGAGAAGCCAGGGCGAAAGAAACAAAGUGAAAAAUCAAAGCAGAAAAAGUCUACAGAGUCUGACGAAGAUGAAGAUGAUGACUACGCUACAUGUGCCGCGGCUAAUUGUCAGGUACCAACUGGCAACGUUGAUUGGGUGCAAUGUGAUGGUGGUUGUGAACUUUGGUUCCAUAUGGCUUGUGUGGGACUUUCUGCGGGAGAUAUAAAUGAAGAUGAAGACUAUAUAUGUAUGUUGUGUUCGCAAGCGUUUGAGAACAUAAAUACUAAUGAAAGUAGUAGAUCUAAUAGUCCCCCCUCACCUGAUUCAACACAACCUUCAACUUCCAAAGAAUCUAAUUGAAAUUUAUAUUUAUUAUUAUUUAAAAAAAAAAAUAUAGAUGUUCUACUAAAACAAAAUGCAGGGGGUGACUAUGAUCUACUUUUGUGCAUCAGCUGCUUGAAGAUAGUAAACAGAAUGUAGCACAACUGUAUGUGUGCAUAUUCGCACCAUUUUUGUAUUCCAGUGAUGUUUAUCAUUCCACCCUGUAUUUGACCUUAGUUUGUAUUUAAAGACGUGAUAAUUGUAUAAUUUUCUGUAUCAGUUUUUUUCACUUACAUUUAUUCAUAAUAAAUUCACAUCUUUUUUGAAUUUUAGCCUUUAUAUUUUAUUUUCCAUGUCAUUUUUCUGAUAGGUUGUACAUUUGUUAUAUAUAUGGACAUAGUUUUCUAUAAUUAUUUGUAAUAAUUUUUCGCAACCAAAAAUUUGAAAUUCUGAAGUUUAUUUUUUAAUAGGAAGAUGUUUAUGUAUUAUACUUGAAAUCUUAUUUUAGUUUUCAUUUAGAUCUGUUCCAGUAGACUAUACUCCUCCCUGUUCAAAUAUUAUGCAGAUUAAAUUGCGUUAUAUUGAGUAUAUGUAUGAAUUUGUCCUAUAUUAGCAUUCAGUUUGAGUUGUUAUGUGUGCGAUUGAAGAUGGCUGUAUAUAUAGAAUUGCUAUUUAUAUUUUUGAGUAAGAUUAAAUUGGUUCAAACUUU